AUGGCAGCAGCACUGAACCUUGGCCGCAUGACACUGCCAUCUUCAAAGUUUCUCUCACGUCCUUCCCAUCUUCUAUCCGUUAAGAUGCAGAUGCAGAUGCAAAUGCAAUUCUCUUCUCCUACUCUCACCAAGAUGAGCACGGAUGCUCAGAGUGUUGCUUCCAAGCUUGAUAGUUCUGGAUUGCUGAGGACUCAGGGCCUUAUUGGAGGGAAAUGGAGUGAUGCUUAUGAUGGAAAAACCAUUAAGGUUUAUAAUCCAGCAACCGGUGAAUCUAUUGUAGAUGUUGCAUGCAUGGGUGGAAGAGAGACAAAUGAUGCAAUUUCUGCAGCCUAUGAUGCAUAUGGAUCAUGGAGCAAAAUCACUGCUGCUGAAAGAAGCAAGUUUCUGAGGAAAUGGUUUGAUUUGCUAAUGGUACAUAAAGAAGAACUUGCACAACUUAUAACCUUGGAGCAGGGGAAACCUCUUAAAGAGUCUAUUGGUGAGAUAAACUAUGGGGCUGCAUUUAUUGAGUUUUCAGCUGAGGAGGCAAAACGUAUAUAUGGGGAUAUAAUUCCUUCACCCUUAUCUGAUCGACGAUUAUUUGUUCUUAAGCAGCCUGUAGGGGUUGUAGGUGCAAUUACACCAUGGAACUUUCCCCUUGCUAUGAUUACUCGUAAGGUUGGUCCAGCCCUUGCAUGUGGUUGUACUGUGGUCAUAAAACCCUCUGAACUUACACCUCUCACUGCUUUAGCUGCUGCAGAACUCUCCAUUCAAGCUGGAAUACCAGCGGGUGUCGUGAAUGUGGUAAUGGGAGAUGCUCCUGAUAUUGGGAACUCUUUACUUGCAAGUCCACAGGUAAGGAAGAUCACAUUCACAGGCUCGACGGCAGUUGGAAAGAAAUUGAUGGCUGGUUCAGCUGACACAGUUAAAAAAGUAUCUCUGGAACUUGGAGGCAAUGCACCUUGCAUAGUUUUUGAUGAUGCUGACCUGGAUGUUGCAGUAAAAGGAACUAUUGCGGCAAAGUUCCGUAAUAGUGGACAAACAUGUGUUUGUGCAAAUAGAAUUAUUGUACAAGAAGGUAUAUAUGAUAAAUUUGCAAAUGCUUUAUGUGAUGCUAUUCAGAAUAUGAAAGUUGGGGAUGGUUUUAGUGAAGGUGUGGUACAGGGACCUCUAAUCAAUGAAGCUGCUGUCAAAAAGGUUGAGUCCUUAAUUCAUGAUGCUACAUCAAAGGGGGCAAAAGUAAUUCUUGGGGGUAAAAGACAUAGCCUUGGAUUUACUUUUUAUGAACCAACGGUCAUCAGUGAUGUCGACAGUGAGAUGCGCAUAUCAAGAGAGGAAGCAUUUGGACCUGUUGCACCCCUUUUGAGAUUCAAAACUGAAGAGGAUGCUAUCAGGAUUGCUAACGACACCAACGCAGGUUUGGGUUCAUACGUGUUUACAAACAGUAUCCAACGAUCAUGGCGUGUUGCUGAGGCUCUAGAAUAUGGCCUUGUGGGUAUUAAUGAAGGAGUAAUUUCAACUGAGGUGGCUCCUUUUGGUGGUGUCAAAGAAUCAGGCCUCGGAAGAGAAGGCUCCAAAUAUGGAUUGGAUGAAUAUUUAGAGAUGAAAUAUGUGUGCUUGAGAAACAUGAACAAAGAGUGA